AUGAGCACGCGCAGCAAAAAGUAUCGAGUCGAGGGUGAGGGUCCCUCUGCAGAAAUCCCGUCGAGGGCUAUUGAUGCGCAUGAUGGUGGGCGCGACGUCGACGAGGACAAGCAGGAGUUACAGAUCGAGGAAUUCUACGAGUCGCUCGGGCCCGUGGGCGUCCUUUCCUCUCGUCUUCCUAGGUGUCGCCGCGAUCCUGUUCGGCCUCGCCGCGGAUGCGAUCGCGCUUUACCUUUUGAGCAGGAACCGCAGGUCUCGGUGGCGGGACAAGAUCGUGCCCUCGUGGAAAUCGGCCGGAGUGGACGCGUACACAUUUGGCACGCUGAGUCUAUUUCGACCAAACCCCUAACCCUCCUUCUGGUUGUCAAAUCAUGUAAUACCCUCUGCACCUGGAACACAGGCCACCAUUGGAACCACUUCUUUUACAAUUCCCCUUACAAUCUUGGUCCUUGCAGCCUUUUUGCUGUUCCAGGGGGCCAUACAGUGCGGGAAGCAACUAUAACAGGGUUAGAAAGUAUUAAGAAAGGGGAAGGAUAUUGGGAUUCUUCAAGCCCCCUCAAGAUAGCAGAAUGCAGCUAUUCAUGGCUGCGGGAGUUAGCACAGAUGGACCUCACCGUAGUACUCUCUGUAGUACGGGAGGUGUUUUUCGAAUUCCAUCUCGAUCUUUUUUUCUUCUUCAUGACUCUUAGCACGACCAUAAAUCUCGUCCAGCAGACUAAACACGUUAUACUGCUCAUUUGGGUUGUAUGA